UGUGCAUCCAUAAUGGACUAAAAAACUAAAUUUAAUUCGUAGGGUUUUGGUUAAAUUGUUAUAGACACUCAUUUUUGUUUGCUUUCAUCGUCUUGAAAAAUUGUGAUACUUACAAUUCCAAGUGCUGUUGAGGUUUGAAUCAGGUAUUGUCAGACAUUCGUAAACACAUUUCCUGACCUCCUGACCAAACAUUAAUAAGUGGCACUUGCAUAGCUAUAUUAGACGCCCAAGAUGCCCAUUUCACUAUGGUUAGUUAGUGCUCCAUACCAAUAGGCAGCUAUAAACAGUCUACAUUUUAAGCACAGGUAGAUUUGCAGCCUUAUAAUAGAACAUUUUUUUGUAUUCUGUCUCGAAGAUCAUUUGUGGCCCUGUGGUACUGCUCUUACAACUGGCUCUUCAUAAACUCUUUGUUUUAAAGAAGUUAGUAUUGAAUCUAGUUGAAGAAUGCAUCUAGCGGUUUUUUUAAAUUAAAAUCAGUUGAUUGUGCUGAUCAAAGAUGCUGUUAUGCUGUUUGACUUGAAAAAAGCAAUUGACUUAUAUAUGUUAGUGCAAUAAUGUAUCUGUUUUCAGACUUUGACCUUAAGUUGUUUAUAGUCUUACUUUUUGUUCAAUAGGUAGUUUUCGAAGGCUUGUUUUUUUUUUGGUUUAUUUGACUUCUUGUUUUAACUGAUGCAUAUGAUUUGUUAACUAUGAUUAGAUUCUGGCUAUUUCUACUCAUCUUAUUUUAGGGGUAUUUUAGAUAGUGCUCAACUGUAAAUGCGCACUGGGAUGGUGAAGUUUCCAAAAAAAUCUUAUUAGUUGGUGAUAGCAUAAUUCUUUUUGAGAGCAAAUGGCAUUGUUCUGUAAGUCGACCAUUACAGAACUUAAAGUGUGUACAUACCUCUAAUGCUAUCCUUAAAUUCAUAAAAAUGGUAGAGUACUUCCGGGACAAAUUUAGGGGAUGUUUGGUUGCCGCCACUGCUCACCACGCCAAACUGUGGCGCCACAGCUUCUUGACGAUUUGUUUGGUUGGUGCUUAACCUGCGGCAGCCACAGCAGUUUCCAGUUGAUUUUGACGCCGCGGCUUCGGCAGCGCCACAACUUAGGCGUGGCAAUAUGUGGCGGGCAUCCUAACAUGCCCUUAAAAGAGAAAGCCUAUCAUUUUAAGUUGCAGUCAGACUCCAAUAGUUCGGUUAGCCUCUCUUCUUGGCUAUGGUUAUCAUCCAUCUUCAUAAUAGUUUGUAAAUUCAAUUCUUUUUGUGGCCAUCCAUCUUGCUACUUAUUGCUCCAUAGAGAUUUUUGCCGAGAUGUGGUUCUGAUGGAUUGAAGUGCCAAACUCCAGAUGCAAUGCAUCUACUACAGAUCCAUUAUGCAGAGCAUGUAUUCUUAUCAUCUAACUGCAACAGACAAUCGGCAAGUUUAUCAAGGGUACGUUCUCAACUUCAGUUGUUUUCCUCGGUUUUCGAGGGAAAGAAAAACAAUGCAACUAUUUUCAAUUUAUUAUUGAUAGUGUUUGGACCAUCCAAGGGAUCUAAGUAGAUGAAUUUAACCUGCAGCAGGAGGAAAGCCUAGCAGAAUCUUCCUAGACCAUGAGAAAACCUUGUUAUUAAUUUAUCAUUGUCAUCGAUUCUAGGUAGCUUGCUGCACUGGUUAACUUCUCUAUAGCAGUGUUGCCAUGCAGACAUCAGCAAUGAAUACUGUUGAGCAACUAUGUGGCAAACUUCCUUGUUUAGUGCAGCACACACGUAUGAAGAGCUAUUCUUCACAGAUCAUUGCCAUUUUGUUUGUAUAGUUAUUAAUUUUUUUUUAGUUAAUCUCUCCAUGUGUCGAAAGCCUUGGAUGCUGCUGCAUGAAACUCAUCCUAAUCAACUAGAAAGCUGGUAACACAAAUAGUUAAUUUAUUCUAAUGAUGAUCAUAUUCAUCAAACAGUUUUGAUAAUUGAGUCUGCUAUUUCAUUGGAAGUUGGAAGUGUUGAAGCAAAUCAAUAAAAAGGUAAUAGGAAAUUGGACAUACUAUUACCUUUUACUUUUGUUGAAACUGACAUCAUUUUCACAAUGUUAUAGUAUAAAGGGACCGCAAGAAUACAAGAUACGGUGACGAACUCCCUCUAUUAUUAUUGUUUGAUGUUUUGGACUUCAGCAUAUUAUUAUUAAGGAAAAGACAGGUUUUCUCUCUUUUUGUUAGAAAAGGGUCCCAUCUCUGCUUUAUUUUGAAAGCACAAGUUCAGAGCAAGGGAAAGAUGGAAAACAAAAUAGCAAACAUUGUCCUGUACAUUGCCAUAACUCCCAGUUCAAAAACAUGUUAUGGCCACUUGUGCCUAUUAAAUUUUUGUCUCUUGCAGUCACAGCGAAUUUGAUUUGCUCCUAAGCGCCCUCCUUCGGCACUGUUGGUAAAUGAACAAAAAGAAUGUGACAUGUAAAAUGUAUCAUAAACUGAAUAAGAUGGUGGCGCCUUGUGAAGCUGUAUUUAUGUCUCUUCUGAAAAUUGUAAAUGAGAAGGACUUUUUCAAAAUCCAAAAUAACAGAAAUGAGAAACUACUCUUUUUUUUUGUUUCCAAAAAACCAUAACUGAACUCAACUGGCAAACUUUUGGAUAGCUUUGAUUAGAAACCUUUCUCAUCAACAGAAAUAACUGGUCCUACUCUUAAUCUUAAUAGGACAGCAGCAGGGCCAUUUCUCCAUACAUGAUUAGCUAAGAUUUUGUCCCUUCAAGUAUAUUUUAAGCUCCUCUUGGAUUAAUCUGAUGCAAUUUGGCUUCUCCAUGAUGCAAAACCUCGCCCUUCAGGAAGCUGAAAGAUACAUGAAUUGUUCAUUUUCCUUUUCGGGUAUCAUCUGUGUCCUUUGUUUAUUUGCUUCAGUGGACAAGAUUGCUAUAUUAUGACGUUUGAAGGUGCUAUAAUCUUUCAUACAGCUGGAAUUGUAAGGGGCUUUAAACAAGCAACAUUGUUUCCUUAAGUUCAUUUUUUUCCUUGCCAGCAUUUUAGCUAUAUAGUUUAUUCCCCCCUUGAUCCUCUUCUUGGAAUGGAGAGGCAAGAAGAAUAAAGAACCUUUUGGGAGGCAAAAGGACAGUACAGAACUACAACUCAUUGUUUCUUAAAAAUACUGCUAGGUGCUAACCCCUAGACUGUGCAACUAUCCCAAUGACAUAGGUCUGUUGGGUCAUUACAAUAUGUACACUGCAGAUUCAGUUUGGUUGCACAUGCUCUGUGAAUCUGAAGACGUGUCAUAAUUUGGAAAACUGAUGCUACGGCAAGUCUCUGACAAUAUUACCUGAAUUGUUACCACUUCACAAAUAGCUAGUUGUUGUAUAAUCCAGUCAUGACUAUGGCAUAUGAGAAUAGAUUUUCUUACUGUGUAGCAUGUUUACAUCUUCUAUUGCAAUGGUUUUAGCACCUGUGGUGGUGUUCCAUAAAAAUAGAUCAGAAAAACAUCUAUGGUUUGGUGCAAUUUUUGUGUGCAAAAUGGCUGUAAAUUUGAUGCAGAUAUUAUAAGCUCUAAAAGUUUAACAAAUAGUAAGAGCUGCAAAGGGCCUGUGGGUGGAAGUUAUUAUUAUUGUUUCUUUUGAGGAAAUGGGUGGAAGUUAUUGGUAUGAAUAUCUAGCUAGUUGUAUGCCACAGCGCCCUAAUAUUACAGUACAGGAAACACAAGCUUGGUCUAAAAUUCCCGAAAAAAUAGCCUUUUAUAAAACGAUUGGAACUGUGGGUAGAUGAAAAGCUGUACAUUGCCCUAGAAGAUACAACAUGAAUUGCUGAUGCACUGGCCAAUCCUUUUUGAGUUCUCAAGGACAUUAAGACUUCAGAUUCCAUCCACCAUGUUCGUGCAAGCCUCUAUCUGUGUCUCUUAUUUUAUUAGAUUAUUUCUUUCCAAUAACAUUCCAUACAAUCUCGUAGCGCCCCAUACUGCAUUAUUUCUAAGGAUAAACGCAUGCUUGUCCUGGUUUUGAACAUCAUACUUGUUUGUUAUUUCCAUAAUGCAUGAAUGCUGAGGGAGAUAUCUCUGCAAUCAUUGAAACCAGCCUUCAGACACCGGCCACUCCGACCUCCGAUUGGCUUGAGCUUGACCGACCAAUUGUGAUCUUGGAUAAGUCACUGUCAUUCCUACCAGCUAUCAGUUGACAUUUUCUAACCUUAUAAUGCACAUAACAUCCAGAGUUCCAGACAACACCUGGAGCGGCCGCUAUCACCACAGUUCAUCCCCAGCCGUGGGGAUCCAUUUCUUUAAUAAUGAUUACGUUUCAAACUUCUGCAACUCUUGUCGGUUUCUUCAACCUUGUCUUCAGUAUAAAUACACCCCUCACAGCCUGCAUUCUUCACCAAGCACGUCUAACAGCACAGGCCUCAUAUCACUUCUACUAUCUUUCACAUCCUUUCUAGAUAACAAUGGAGUCUGGAGGAGUGAUUGCAGAGGCAGGCUGGAGCGUGGUCGGGAUGCCAUCGCAAGCCGAGGAGUCGGAGAUAAUGGAGCAGCUACUUGGUACCUUCCCCUCCAAUUGUGAGGAAGGUGACCAAGAGUUGCCAUGGUCUAUUCAAGCUUCCAGUGCAUUCUACUCCCAUUGCAAUGCUAGUUCUAGUACAUAUAGCUCCACUAAUAGCGAUAGUUCUGGUAGUCCCACUUUUGUUGUGCCAUCUGAGUAUGGCGGCUAUUACUUGAGCAACUCAAAUAAGGCCCUAGAUCUCAACUUCUGCACUGCACCAAUGUACCUGCACAUGGCCCAGGAACAAGUUGCAGCUCAGUUUGUGGAUACUAUUCUUAACCCUCUUUACGGGAGUAGUGAUUCAAGCUGUGAGGAUCUCGGGGAUUCUGGCAUGAAUCUACUUGAUUCCAUUGGUGGUUCUGUCAAGAGAAAGCAUCUGGAACAAGGCAAACUGGAUGCCCCAACAAGAAGUCGGAAAUGCGCAAGGAAGUCUGACUCGAAGAGGGUGAAGAAGACCAUGCCACGGGAACUCCAGGAUGGAGGCGUUGCUGCUGCGAAUGGGCAUAGCUCGAGUUGCUGCACAUUCGAGAAUGACUCGAAUGCUUUUCGAGGACCUCCUGUUGCUGCUAAUCUGAAUGGCAAGGUUCAAGCUGACCGCCGGUCAGCAACUGAGUCCCAAAGCCUCUAUGCUAAGAAAAGAAGAGAGAGGAUCAACGAGAGGCUGAGGAUAUUGCAGAACCUUGUACCAAAUGGAACCAAGGUAGAUAUCAGCACUAUGCUUGAAGAGGCUGUGCAGUAUGUGAAGUUCCUGCAGCUUCAAAUUAAGCUACUGAGCUCUGAUGAAAUGUGGAUGUAUGCUCCGAUUGCAUACAAUGGGAUGAACAUUGGAAUCGAUCUGAACCUCUCUCAGGUCUCAGCACUGAUAGACAACUUCUAACAAUCUUAAAGUUACAGAAACUUCCGCAAAUUAUACUUAGAAUAUAAUUCGAAUUUGUAGACUUAAGACAAACUCUUUGUCACUAACAUGUUCCCGGUCUGAUCCAUAAGCCAUUCUGGGAAAUCCAACCUUUCGACAAAAAUGAAGGUCGAAAACUUUCUUCAGUUGUUUUUGAGUAACCAGCCUGCAGUUACUGAAGAACCGGCGGCUUGUGUCCCACAAGGAUAUGGCAAAAGAUGUAGUACUGUACACCGGGAAGAGGCCCUCAAACUUGUCAAGACAAGAAAAGGGCAACGGAUCUGAUAAACCACAUCUGGAGACUGUCGUUUCGUUCUUUGCUUUCUAUCGUAUUUUCCUUUUUUUGUUUUUUUUUAAAUUUGCUCUGGUAGAAAAUUUAUGUAUACAUUCAAUCUGAGUGUACGAAAAUCAAAUAAAAUAUUUUGUGUCUAGCUGGCACUUUGGAGGCAUGAAACGCAGUGCAAGAUCGUGCAAGGUA